AAAUUUCCACACGAGAUCUGCUCGCGCUCAGGACUCGAAUUAUUCAACAUCGCGUUGCAGAUCUUCUUUGCUCCUCGUCUGCUGCGCUAAUCAAAACUCUACCCUUCCUCUUCAUACACUGCUGCAACUUUCUCCAGAUGACCAAGGUCGCCGCAAUGCCCGCCGCUGGAGCUACGAGAAGAGCGCUGGGAGGGCAGUCGAUCCGCAACGCUGUUCGAGUCGCCCCUUGCCCCCGUCUUUCCUCCCUGGUGGCCUCCCGAGCCGACCUUCACAGCAGCGUCGCGCUCAGGGAACGCAAACCCGCCAUCUCAUCCAUCGCAGAGCUUCGCAAACAUAUUCCAGGCACAUCGAUGCUGAAGGCCCAGGAGGCCAUCGUUUCCACCUGGCCCUCUUCCGAUCCUUCCAAAGGGGACGACAUUCAAGCUGCGCUAGCGUGGCUGGAAGAAGAUCGAGCCAAGAGCGGAUUGAAAAAGGCUCAGAAGGUCGCUGGAAGGGAAGCCAAGGAAGGGUGGAUCGCAGUGGCUGUGCUCUCGGAUGGCGCUGGAUCGGGCACGAAAGACCUGCAACAACCUAUCAAUCCCACCAGCGCCGAAGCACGAGCAAAUACACCUUCGCACGCUGCUACUCUCACCUCUGCACCAGUAGCUUCCAUCAUCGAGCUCAACUGCGAGACGGACUUUGUGGGCAGGACGGACGUGUUUGAGAAGCUAUCGAGAGAUAUUGCGCAUUCUGCUGCUCUGUUCCCAAACCUCGGCGGAGCUGUGUCCGCUCCCAACCUGGCUGCUGCUACAAGGCUAGGCACGGGCUUUGCGGACCUGGAUACAGAGCAGCUGCUCGACUUCAUCCUGAUGGAGGCACCCGACUCUGCGAGCGUCGACAGUGACGAAACCGCAUCCUCUGCUGCUGCUCCCACAUCGCCUCGAACCAUUCGAGCUGCAAUCUUGGAUGCGGUGUCUAGGCUGGGAGAGAGAAUACAUCUGAGUCGAGCCAGCGUGCUCAUCCUGCCUCCUCCUUCCACAUCUCGAGACGAGGUGCGCGUGGCAAACCUGGUCGGGUCAUACGUGCACGGAUCGAGCGCGACGAAGCAAGGCAGCUCACAGACGUCCCUCGGUCGCGUAGGCGCACUGGUGCUGUCCACCAUCAGCCACGCAUCUUCCUCUGCCAACUCUUCUACCGCACUCGAAGGGCUCGAACCCGCUCAAAUUCGAGCGCUGCUGAGAUCCUUGGCAAGACAGGCGGUCGGCUUUCAAACUACGUCUAUCUCGCACCAACCAGGUCAGGAAGCCGAUUCUGCGCUUCUGAGACAGCCUUUCAGUAUGCUCCUCCCAGCUGCACAGCUGGCAGUACAGGAUGGAGCAGGCGAAGGGGAUGUGGAGGCAGCACUUCAUGCUUGGGGUCGACAGAGAAAUGGGAAGCAGGUGCAAGUGGUGGGCUUGAGGCGCUGGACGCUUGGCGAGUCGGGACCAGAGGCUCAGGCAUAGCAACUAGAUUUUGGUCUCGGUGAUUCCAUACGACUUGCUCGCACGAUCAGUACGCUGCAAAGAUGUGGCGAAUCCAAUCACGUUGUUUGCAUCAAAAAGCAAUGACCUUUGCGCUUUUCUUUCCCUUCUCUUGGGGUGCGCGAGAGACCUUAUUUCGAUGUUCCUGCAAUCUAUCGCGCUCCACGUCGCUUCUCUGUCUGGAAAAGUGAUGAAAGUCGUCUUCAUCUGCUCCAAGACUUUCUGUGUGUUGGACACCGCCGGUGGCGGACGGGCCGCCUGUAUCAGCACCACAAAUUGCCGCGAGGCCGAGUUCCGCUGCUCCUUUGCCGCUCUUGCGUAUGCUCAGUGGACAGUCUUUGACCAAAUGUUCGGUAGAUGAGCACAGACGACAAGAUCCACCUGAGGGGUACACGCCUCUGCCUUUGGGACAUUUAGAGGA